CGGACCACACAGCUGCGAGAGACUACUGACACCCUCAACAGUAAACAGUUUGUCCUGGUCUCAAAGGUGAAGCUUGUGUUUGUAGAGAGGCGACAGUGUAGCGCUGAACACAGUGUUUCCAGCUGCGAGAGCAGACGAGCUGUGAGUGCAUUUCCAUAACUGUUGGAGAAGUGCGGAGCCAUGAUUUGACUCAACUUCCUGAGGAGUUGAAAGGCGAUUUGCACAUACUGCUUGCCAUGUGGGUUUAUGCAGACCAUCGAGUGGAAGUUAACACUGGAGUUGAUCACAGGGAAAGGGCUGAAAGUGCUAUCCGUUGGAAUCACGGCAUUUCUGCUGAAAUCUGUUCCCACUCGCGACAAGCGGCGUUAAGUAGCUUCUUCCUGACACAUCGACGUUGCACUAGUGGGAGUCGAGCCCGAAGAUGAAGGCACCUCAGGCUACAGCUACUUUCAUAUCAACUUUUCUGCUGGCAGCUCAGGAAAAGGCUCACAGAUCUGCAUGAAUGCUGCCAACAUGCACCUGGAGGUCCCACUGCAACUGCACAAAAACUAGUCAAGAUGAUAUGCAUGUCAUCCACAACAAUCAACUGGACCUGCGGGAGAUAGUGUUCGUCAUCCAGAGUCAAAGCAACUCCUUCCAUGUGAGGCAGGCAGAGAGACGGAAAGCAGACCUACUGAAGCAAGCGCACGGUCUCACAGAGAAACCACCGGUGGUUUUGCUUCUUCACAGUUUAUCAGAUAAUGAGGGAGACUGGAGUAUCCUUCCUCUGCUGCCUUACUUAUCUUCCUCCUUUGGGAAAAACUCAUCCUGGAUUGUAUUUCUUGAGGAAGAAACAAAUGUGAAGAUGACUAAACUGGUUCAAGUCCUCGCAAAAUUUGACAAGAAUAAAGAGUGGUUUCUUGGUAAGCCCCUCCAGGACGAGGAGUCGACCAUCAUCCAUCACUACGCGUUUGCAGAGAAUCCCUCCAUCUUUAAAUAUCCAGAUUUUGCCGCUGCCUGGGCCUUAAGCACCCCCCUUGUUGUUCGGCUUGCAAACAAAGUGAAAGAUGAGCCACUUAAAUCUGACUUCACCAUUGAUCUGAAACAUGAGGUUGCCUUGUAUAUCUGGGACAACGGGAAGGGUCCACAUCUCACUGCUGUUCCUGAGCUGUGCACUGAGCCGGAGGACUCUCCUCAGACCCACCACUGUGCCACCACUCUGAGCGUCGAGCCACCUCUGUGUGGGGAGCCUGUAAACAAAGAAGAUAUAUUUGUUGCUGUGAAAACGUGUAAGAAGUUUCACAGUGAAAGAGUUCCAGUGAUAAAGAAGACGUGGGAAAAGGAUGCCUUCUUUUUAGAGUACUACAGUGACUAUGCUGAUACUUCAAUACCAACAAUUAAUUUAGGAGUUCCAAAUACUGAAAGAGGCCACUGUGGGAAAACAUUUGCAAUCCUUCAAAGAUUUCUAAGCAGCUCUGUCCCAAACACCAAGUGGCUCCUCGUUGUGGAUGACGACACACUUAUCAGCCUCUCUAGACUGCAAGUCUUGCUGAGCUGUUACAACCCCUCAGAACCAGUGUGUCUCGGGGAGAGGUACGGCUAUGGCCUGAGCCAAGGCGGCUACAGCUACAUCACGGGAGGUGGAGGUAUGGUGUUCAGCAGGGAGGCUGUGGUCCGGCUUCUUAACAGUGGCUGUAAGUGCUACAGCAAUGACGCGCCAGAUGACAUGGUGCUGGGAAUGUGUCUCAAUGCCCUUGGACUUCCUGUCACACACAGUCCUCUCUUCCACCAGGCACGCCCAGAGGACUAUGCCAGAGACUUCUUAGCUCACCAGGUGCCCAUCUCUUUCCAUAAACACUGGAACAUCGACCCCAUUGAAGUUUUCAACAAAUGGCUUAAGGAGGACUUGAGGGCUAAAGCUUCAGAUGGACUUAAUAAGAGUGCUAAGACAGAGUUAUAAUCAUUUUAAGCACAAAACUAGCCUGUACGAGUAUGUAUGUAUAUACUGUGUGUGCGUAUGUGUGUGUGUGCGUGUGUAUGUGUGUGUGUGUGUGUGUGUGUUAUGGAGUCAUGGAACUGACAUAUUGUCCUUCACAGAUGUAAAUGUUUUUGUAUUGUUGAUGUUGAACUGUUAAGAGGGACCAUGCGAGCGUGUGUCCAUGACUUUAUCUGUAAGCGUCUUCAUGACUGAGUUGCAUGUUGAGGUUACUGUUAUUUUGGAAAUAUGUGUAUAUUUAUAUCAUAUGAAUAAUCUGAACCUUACAGAGGAGCCUCUUCUCUGGGAGAUACUGUACCUUUCAAAAAGUAUCACUAAUGCUGUACAAUGUGCUCUAUUUUGACAUAAAAGUAUAAAUAUUUGAGAAUGUUUUGCUUUUCUUUUCCAUCUGAGGCCCAUUAUAGGAUUUAGUUUAAACCAGUUAUGUAUAAAUUAUGAAGCUGUUAAAGGUUAAUUGAGGCUACGACUAAGAUGGUGAAACACAGACUGUUUGGUGCAGCUAAAAAGCAUUAAAACUCUCUAAAGCAA